ACAGGGCACAUCCGUCAACGCAUGUUUUGCGGGGUGGCAGGUCAGCAACAUGGCGACGGCCUGAAGGAGAGUAUUUGCUGAAUGUGAAUGUCUUCCGAAGCUCAGUGGUGGAUUCAGUGAGCGAUUUACGGCAGCAGCCGUUGCCCCGUUGGUGCGAUUCCUCUGCCGAGGCUGCGGGACCAUGUUGUGCCGUCUCUGGGCCCGGGUGCUCCCUCGGCUCAGGCCUGGGGUUGGUUCCCAGAUGAUGGGAAGGACGGUGGAGUGGCGGCGGCAGUAUCCAGCAGCGGAGCGGAAGAAAUUUUAUCAGGAUGUUAGCAUUUCUCAAGGGGAAGGAGGAGCAUUUGAGAUAAACCUGGACCGUAGGAAACUGAAGACACCUCAAGGAAAGUUGUUCACGGUCCCCAGUGAAGCUCUGGCAAUAGCUGUCGCCACAGAAUGGGACUCUCAGCGAGACACGUUGCAGUUCUUUACCAUGCAUCUGACAACCUUAUGCAACACCGCACUGGAUAAUCCCACACAAAGAACAAAAGCACAAUUGAUUAGGGCAGCUCUCAAAUACCUGGAUACGGAUACUGUCUGUUACAGAGUGGAGGAGCCACCUGGUUUAGUAGAACUCCAAAGAAAUGAAUGGAAUCCAGUCAUCAAAUGGAUAGAGAACAGAUAUAAUGUUGUGAUUGGCACCUCCACAAGUAUCUUGGGACUGAACAUUCCAGAGGAAACUAAGCAGACCUUUGAGCAGCACCUGUCCUCGUACAAUUCCUGGGCACUUGUAGGUCUGGAAUAUGUUGUCCAUCAGCUGAAAUCAGUGGUUCUUUCAUUAAAUCUAAUUGAUCGAAAUUUGGAUGUGGAGAAAGCUGUUUUGCUGUCUCGACUUGAGGAGCAAUAUCAGAUUGAAAUGUGGGGAAAUAUUGAAUGGGCACAUGACUAUGAACUGUAUGAGCUUCGAUCCCGUACAGCUGCUGGAACCUUGUUCGUCCACCUGUGUUCAGAGAGCUCGACUGUCAAACACAAGUUGUUGCAGGACUAAAAGCGAUCAAUUGUCUGUCCAGUCAUGGGUCAAAACUAUGAUCAAAUACAUCACAGUAAAAUAUGAUAUUUCAGUUUGAACAGUCCUGUUCAUUGAGAAUUUUUCCAAGUUCAAAGAAUUUGUCUUUUUUAAAGAAAAUUUGCUUGUAUUUAAUUACAUUACUAAUUCCAUGAAAAUCUGGCAAUUAAUGAUAGCAAAUGUAAAAACUAAAUCCUAAUAUUUAACAACAGUACUUCCAUUCGUGUGAGCAUUAUUUUUCAAAAUGUUUGAAUAGAAACGGAAAGAAAUAAAUUAUUAUUUGUGCUCCCUCCGGCUCUUUUAAUUAUGUUUCUCUGUCCUAACCCUGUAGCUAAAUGCCCUUCCCUCAAGAAUCAUUUAUGGUAAUCCUGUAUGCUGUACACUAUCCUUCUCCAGGAUCCUGAAGUGUAGCGACCAGAACAGGAUGCAGAAUUUUAGUUGUUCGCUACAAACCAGAGCUCUAUAUGGGUUCACCAUAACAUCCUUGCAUUUUUAUUUAAUACUUCUAUUUAUGAAGGUGAAUUCCAAGCAAAAUAAUAGAUCUUGAAAUACACAUGUAUCCA